CGCAAGAACACAGUUAUCAAAGAUGGCGAAACACUGAUAACAAAAAGCCAUAUAUUCUUUACAAAUAGCAUUAUUUCGCGAAUAAUUUGCUGGAAAAAACGCCUAGAAUCUAAAUAGAUUAAGUAAUUGUGAACGGUUAAAAAACAAGGGUUUACAAUGUCGGAGACGAGUGUUUUGCAUCAACGGAUAAGCUCCGUCAUGGACAUUCUAGCCUCCGCUGCCGUGACAGAGAUUUGCAAAUUAGUAGAGGAUUGCUGUGGAGCGUUAAGUGUAGAAGUCUUUCAAAGCAAAGAGCAAAUCAAAAUGCUAGAGAAGCAACUAAGCCUGACUGAGUCGAGGUACAGGUCGGUGAGUGGCAUAGAAGGGCAGACGUCUGUUACCUGUGGUUCAUCAAGAACCAACAGUCCUUCGGGCAAUUCCCCCGCGGCUGAUGCUGAAGACGAAGAUUUCCAGCAGUUCAUUGUCUCUGAAGAGGAGUUUCCCCCCGAGCAGCAGCAUUAUAAGCAGGAGUGGAGCCCCAGUCUGGGGAAAUAUAAUUGGAACCCCAUACAGAUUAAAGAGGAACAGGGGGAAUUCAGUAUCAUCCAGGAGGAGGAAGACUCUGUAUUCACUCCUGCCUGGGUGAAAAGUGACUAUGAUCAGUACUCAACUCAGUCCUCACAAACCCAAAGUGAAGAAUACAAAGACAGAAUGGCCUCAACUGAACAGAUCAAAGCAGAACCUAAGGAAGAUGAUUCCUCAGAGACAACCAGUGACUCUCAUCCCCAGGGCAAAUUAAAGAAGACAUGGACAGAAAAAGGACAAAGCUUGAAUGGUAGAAAAUCCAUGGAUUUGAAAUCACCAGUGCAAAGGAGUAGUCACACAGAAGAUAAAUCAUUUUGCUGUAGUGAUUGUGGUGAAUGUUUUGCUCAGAUGGGAACACUGGAUUCUCAUAUGAGGACCCACACACGGGAUAAAUCGUAUCACUGUCAGGAUUGUGACAAAGUAUUCACUCGGAUUGACUGCUUCAAAUUGCACAUGAAGGCCCACACAGGAGAGAAACCGCAUCGCUGUGGUGAAUGUGGCAAAUGUUUUUCUCAAGUUGGGUAUCUGAACUAUCACAUAAAGACUCACACAGGGGAGAAACCUCAUCGCUGUCAUGAUUGUGGCAAAUGUUUCUUUCGAGUUGGUGAGCUGACACUUCAUAGGAGGAUUCACACAGGCGAGAAACCACAUCGCUGCCAGGUCUGUGGCAAAUGUUUUGCUCGUCCUAGUAAUCUGAGUUCUCACAUUAGGAUUCACACAGGGGAGAAAUCUUAUAGCUGUCAUUAUUGUGGCAAAAAAUUUCGUCAUAAAGGUAAUCUGACAACACAUAUGAGGAUUCACACGAGGAAAAUCACAUUGUCGCUAUAGUAGCAGAUCUUUCAGCACUGGCGGUAGUCACAUGAGUUCAUAUGAGGAUAAUCACAUGAACGAUAAACUAUAUUGCUGUCAGGAUUGUUGUAAAUAUUUCACUAAUUGUUUGAAUCUGAAUUGACUGGGGAGACGGAGAGAAAGAGACCACAUUACUGCCAUGACUAGAAAAUAUUUCAUGACUGCCUUUUUUUGACAUUGUGUAUGAGAGGAACACGGGAGGAAUCUUACAAGAGUCUGUCAAAUGCUUAAAUGCCAAAAGUGCAUUGAAUUGUCAUCAGAAUAGACACUGAAAAGAAUCUAUUUAAGUCAAAACAAAGCCAUGCUUAAGUGGACACAUGGACAUCAGUCAGACGAUUGAGUCACAUUUUGUAACUUCCACCUGUGAGUGGAGAUACGGUUCUUGGGUGAAUAAUAUACUCUUGUCUUUUGCUAUUUGUAAUACUACAAAUAGUUACUAUUGUUCAUAGUUUUAUACUUGAUUACAUUGUAUAGUCAUCUUUAACUUUCCAUGUGAACCCUGCACAAUAUCUGUCAAAUAAUUAAUCCAACGACCGUUAUAAGAUUAUUUUGAUCUGAUAAAGCCCACGUUGAUGUAAGCUGUAACCGAGUCUAGCUCAAACGGCCACUUGAACUGGUCCAUUUGAAUCUAGUAGAAACCAUUUGAUUCCAGUUCAGCCCACGAGACACCAGUAACCAUUCUUUACCUGAACUAACUGGAAUUUCCCCUAGGGAAUUGAUGCAUUGUUUAUGUGUGCAUGUAUGAUACCUACUUCGGUGUGUUAUUGUGUGUUUUGCCCCCUAUUGAGUAUUGUCUUCCUUGUCAGUCAUGAUAAAACAUUUUAUGGAAAAGUCAUAGAAUGAUUUUGUGAAAAGAGUUGGAGCCCUGUUAAAAAGACCCAAAAUUACUUAGAGGUCCAUGUGUUUUAUGACUAGUAUAAGAUAUGUUGAUAAUACAAUAAUUUGAGCCUUUAUUAUUCAUUUGACAGUUUCACGUGACAUGACUAACUUUGACGUAAUUACACUUGACCUGGAAGCGUUUCAAUACUCUUGUUGGCUUCACAGGUGACAACAUGAGCUAGCUAUAGGCGUUAUUUGAAAAAUGUCUAAAGUUGAGUGAUUUUUAACCAACAAUGUUGGUUUGUGCCUAGGCUACAUCUAGCAAGCUUACGCUGGUCACUAGCAACCCACUUCUGCAUAUUUAUAGCCUGAAAAGCCGCUAGGGGUUGCUUCAAGGUUAUUAAAGUUUUGUGAUUUAAUAUUCGUUUUUUUAUUUUGAUUAGAAAUUCAAUUUAGUUAGAGUUAGUUUAUAGACUUGAUUUGCUAGUUUUUUAUUUUCUUUGAGUUUUGAUAGAAAUGUUUGUUUCGUUUUUAUAUUUAGUUUGUGUUAGGGACAGAAAGUAGCCUAUGGGUGGGAAGCUAGGAGACAUUUGUUGUUGGCCUAUAGUUUUCUUAGGAUGUCACUUCUUGCCACUGGGCGCUGUACUAUAAAAGGUGAUGGGCCUGGACCAUAAACAUAAUAUCUCUGUGUCACGAUGGCGUCUGUGAGAGAAUGGGCAGUGCCAUUGAGGCCAUCUCAUCUUUAAAAGUCUAUUUACUUCUUCACGAGUAAAAUACAUAGGCUCCUGAUGACCCGGCUGUCAGGACUCCAACCGGAUUGUCAGGUCAUGCCAAACAGGUCAUCAGGAAGGAACAGACAAUGAAUUGGGAAGUCCAGGCGAGUUGACAAAAGCAAAAUGGCGGAAGUCCUCAAUGGCGCUGCCCGUGCUAACACAGGCUUUUGGCCAAUAGAGAUAAGUAUUCAGACCUGUUACUCAGUACUUUGUUGAAGCAGCUUGGGCAGCAAUUACAGCCUUGAGUCUUCUUGGGUAUGAAGCUACAAGCUUGGCACACCUGUAUUUGGGGAGUUUCUCCCAUUCUUCUCUGCACAGCCUCUCAAGCUCUGUCAGGUUGGAUGGGGAGCGUUGCUGCACAGCUAUUUUCAGGUCUCCAGAGAUAUUGAAUCGGGUUCAAGUUUGGACUCUGGCUGGGCCACUCAAGGACAUUCAGAGUCUUGUCCCGAAGCCACUCCUGCGUUGUCUUGGCUGUGUACGUAGAGUCUUUGUCCUGUUGGAAGGUGAAUCGUCGACCCAGUUUGAGUUCCUGAGCGCUCUGGAGCAUUGCCCCGUUCAUCUUUGCCUCGAUCCUGACUAGUCUCCCAGCCCAUGCCGCUGAAAAACAUGAUGCCAGGUUUCCUGCAGAUGUGAUGCUUGGCAUUCAGGCCAAAGAGUUCAAUCUUGUUUUCAGACCAGGGAAUCUUCAAUCUCAUGGUCUGAAAGUCCUUUGGGUGCCUUUUGGCAAACUCCAAGCGGGCUGUCAUGUGCCUUCUACUUAGGGGUUCCUUUCAUCUGACCAAUCUACCAUAAAGGCCUGACUGAAAGAGUGUUGCAGAGAUGGAAGUCCUUCUGGAAGGUUCUCCCAUUUCCAGAGAAAGUCUGGAGCUCUGUCAGAGUGACCAUUGGGCUCUUGGUCGCCUCCCUGACCAAGGCCCUUCUCCCCCGAUGGCUCCGGUUUUGGCCGAGCGGCCAGCUCUAGGAAGAGCCUUGGUUCCAAACUCCUUCAAUUUUUAAGAAAGAUUGAGGCCACCGUGCUCUUGGGGAUCUUCAAUGCUGCAGACAUUUUUUGGUACCCUUUCUCAAAUUUGCUCCUCGACACAAUCCUGUCUCGGAGCUCUACGGACAAUUCCGUCGACCUCAUGACUUGGUUUUUGCUCCGACAUGCACUGUCAACUGCGGGACCUUAUAUAGACAGGUGUGUGCCUUUCCAAAUCAUGUUCAAUCAAUUGAAAUUACCAGAGGUGAAACAUCUCAGGGAGGAUCAAUGGAAACAGGAUGCAGCAGAGUUAAAUUUCGAGUCUCAUAGCAAAGGGUCUGAAUACUUGUAAAUAAGGUAUUUCUGUUUUAUUUUGAAUACAUUUGCAAAAAUGUCUCAUCUAACAACCUGUUUUUGCUUUGGGUAUUGUGUGUAGAUUGAC